AAGGCAUUAAAAAAUAAUAAAAAUUCGAAUUUCGAGUGACAAAAUGAACAUCCUGUUCUAGAAGCUUCUUCUAAUUUUUCCCCUUUCAGUGUUUCUCACGGCGAAGAAGGGAUCAUCUUUUUACAAAUCGAAAAAUUCAAUCUCUCUCUAUAUUCUUAUCUAAGAAAAGAACGAUAAAUUUCUGCAGAAAUUGCAGUUGAGUAUGGCAGGAAGAGAAGUUCGAGAAUACACCAAUCUUACCGACCCCAAAGAUAAGAAAUUGGGUAAAGGAAAAGAUAAGAUUGAUGAUGAAGACGUUACUUUCCAACGUAUGGUUGCAAAGAUGCAAGAGGUAGCUGGGGAGCGUGGAGGUUAUCUUCACGGGCGAGGCGCCUUGGACAGUGAUGAUCUACUAUAUCUCAAGGAGCAAAUGGAAGCUGAGGAGGACGCAGAGCGCCUCUUGCGUCGUACUGAAAAACGAGCAUUUGCCGCUUUUAAGAGAGCAGCAAGUUUAGCAGAUUCUUCACCUGCAUCAUUACCGUUACCUUUACGUGUUGAGCCAAAGCCAAAGAGCGGGAUUAGGCAACAAGAUCUGCUGAAAAAAGUUGUUGAGAUUAAACCUAAGCGACCAAGGUCUGAAAGCAAUAAGCCAACACAAGCUCCUAGUGAUGCUUCUAUUACAGAUCAUGGGCGUGAUCGUGAUAAUUUGAAAGAAAAUGAUCAGUCUUUAUCAGGACCAAAGAAAGUAGAGGAACACACUCCGGCAGGGAUGCAUGAAGGUGAAACUAAGCCUAAGGUUGAUAACUCUGGCGGCGGGGGAUUACUAGGCCUGGCAUAUACUAGCUCAGAUGACGACGAUGAAUGAUUGACAAUACUUUUGACAACACAGAUCACUUUUUCAGUCACUGUCUGUAGUUUUAGUACAAAAUGCUUGACUUAUUAAGAGGAAGUAAUGAAUUGUAGUGAAGAUGUCUAAAAGAAGUUUUCCAAUGCAUGAAACAUUUAGGAACAAGGUUGUAAAAGAAGAAAAUGAAGAAUUAGAACAUUACUAUACAAGUAGAAUUAAGAUACAGUUUUGUACGUGUUCAUUAAAUCUCAAUUUGCCAAUUUUGUUUUUCUUGCCA